UCUAAUCCAAUCUCGACCACUAUUUAGUAAGCGAAUUGGGGAAAGCCGCGCGCGUUGAUGACGUCUGUAUUUGUUGACCCGAGUUGGCGCUAGCGUGAGCCACUUGUAUAGAAGCUGUAUUGAAUAUUUAUCACAAUAUAAGAAUGAACAAGAAAGGUAACGUGUCGUGGGUGAAGCCGAGCGAGCCAUCGUUUCUGCGAAAAUUCAAGAAUGACGUUGGAUACAAAGAAGGACCAACUGUAGAAACAAAGCGACAGGAACUGCCCCAGUGUGAUGAGGACAGCGGGGACAGUGACCGAGAGGAUGAAAUGCCGCAGGUGGUGGUGUUAAAGAAGGGGGACCUCACCGCAGAGGAGGCUAUGCUGCUCAAGAAAGAUAUAAAAGGAUCUGACAAAGAUGAGCAGCCUCCUGCAGAUGGAAAGAUUUUAUUUAAGAAGCCAGCAAAACGUUCCUCAGAUAAAUUUGAAGGCAUAACCGCUAGCUCCAACAGCAAGAAGAAAAAGAGCGAGAAUGAGGAGAAGAAGAAGGAGUCUGGAGUGAAGGUGAAGAACAGGAGCCUCUUGUCUUUUGGUGAUGAUGAGGAGGAAGAUUGAGCUAUACCUUAAUCAAAGUAUAUGACGGUUGAAACCCCCCCCACACACACAAUUUUAGAAAUUUUAAUGAAAUUGUUUUGUAAUUUGAAAUACUUUUCUGAGACAGAUUAUAGACAUCUUUGGAUCAUUAUUGAAAUGAUCUAAUUCGUUAUCUUGGCAUGUCUGCCAGAACGUUUUAAUAUCAACAAGCAAAAAUAUGUGCUGUCCAUUCUAUGCAUCAUGAUAAAAAAAAAAAACUGAUAACCAUUUUCCUGCUGUAAUUCUGUGUGUAAUGUACCAUUUUUGUAUUUUCCUUGCCAGAUGUUUUGCAGAUUUUUGGAGCUAUGUAUUAGCAUUGUUUAAAAUCGGUGUGCUUAAGCAAAAUGCAAAUGAUCAACAAUUAACAUGUGGUGGGUUUCAGCUGCAGUCACUGUAUUGAGAGUUUGUGUUGUAGAUAAAUUAUUCUGCCAAAAGCAGAUGUUCAUACAUGUAUAGCUUCUAUAAAGGAGCUGUCUAGAGUUAUGUUUUUGUUUUUUUUUUGGAUCUCAAGGAUUGAGAUACUGGUACAUACCUCUUUCAUUAUGGGUUUUAUAUAUCACAAAUAAAAACAAUUAUUAUUUCA